GUAACACGUGAUGAGAUGAAGGUAAUGGUGGCCACAGGAAGAAGAAGAGGAGUUGUUUACAUGUGACGUCACCAAGACACGAGGCAUGAGGUGUGGAGGUGUCAGCCGUGCGUGCUGCUUGUGACUCCUGUGUGUUCGUACCUGUUACGUGCUUACUUCUUAGAAAACAGCACGUCACAGUCCCUCACCACCACCAAGGCACCUGCGUCCUGCCAGCAGUCAGUGCUGAAUGGCCACUGGUGGGUGUUGGCGAGGCAGGCUGGAUGCUGAGGGGUGCUGGCAGGUGCACCCGCCAUGGAUUAUCAGAAGGUUCAUGAUAUGUUCUGCAAUUUCAAUCAAAAGUACUUCUGGGGAAAAUUAGGCCAAGUGAAACUCAACUGGAGUAAGAAUAUGACUUUGUGUGCUGGAAAGACCUACUGCAGGGAAAGGAGAGGGGUUUUUUCAUGCUCCAUCUACCUUAGUGAGGCACUCUUGUCCCAGCGGCCUGCCGACGACACUGUCAACACCUUACUUCAUGAGAUGAUCCAUGCAUAUUUGUUUCUGAUGGAGGGUCGCAACCACAAGAUGGGCCACGGGCCACAGUUCAGGGAGCACAUGACUCGCAUCAACAAGCUUCACGGCUCAAAGAUCACUGUGUUUCACAACUUCCACAAGGAGGUAGACAAGUUUCGGGUCCACGUGUACCGCUGUGACGGCCCGUGUACCAAGAAGCGGCCAUACUUUGGUGUCCUGCGCCGUGCCAUUACCCGACCCCCCGGCCCCAUGGACAAGUGGUGGGCAAAGCAUAGCCAGGAAUGUGGGGGAACAUUUCACAAGGUGGAAGGUCCCGAUGUUUCUCCCAACACUUCACAGACCACACCCAAGCCAGCAAGAGCAAGCCCAGCAUUCUCAGCAGGCACGCCGUCCCCCAAGUACACACCUUCCCCAAGACCAAUGAUCUCACCUGCAGCACGGUCCAGUGGAGCCACAGCAAGGGGCACCACAAGUGACACCACAAAAUUCAUAGCAAGUGGUGUGAGGAAAAGAAUUGCCUUUAGCCAAGAGAAAAAAACAGAUGAUUCAACCUUUGGUGAAGACCAAGUGGUACAAAAGAUAAAGGAGCGUCAUGCACACACUAAAAGCUCCAUCCUGCUGUCCAAGGAAGAGACAAGGAUGAUAUGGCGGGGACCCAGCCCUGAGCGGGGAACAUUGGUAGAGGGUCGAGUGAACUACAAUUACAGAAUGAAGUCUGGCUUUAAAUUUAACAUUCAUAAAUAUUUAGAGAGAUAUAGAGCUGUCAAGAAUGCAGAGACAAGACUAUCUCAGAAGAAUAGAGUAUCCCAGAGGCCCCAUGCCUCCCAUGAUGCCCAUAAAUUGGCAAGGCUUCAAUCUCCAGAGGCUCAUACAUCAAGAGGAACAGAAGUUGCCAAGGCGUCUGAAGUAUCCUUUGAUAGGAAAUGCACUACAGACCCUAAGACUGCACCUCCUGUGACAUGUUGGAACUGUGGGGUUAAUGUCUUGGUGCCUGAGGGGGUGCAGCACUCACAAACAUCAGAGAACAAAGACGUUGUUUGUGACACUAAAAUUACUCAACAAGGAAGUAAAAAAGAGUUGCUGGAUAACAUCUCUCCAAAAUUGGUUCCGUGCCCUUCCUGUGGAGGUGAAACUCCAGAAAAUGAGCUCAAUAGUCACCUGGAUGAAUGCCUAUUGCCAUUCACUGAUGACUUUUAGUACAGACUGUUCAUGAUAUGUGGUCUGUUUGCAAUCACUUGGUGUUCAUUCUGUGAGGUUCACACUGUGUACAAUCACUUGGUGUUCAUUCUGUGAGGUUCAUACUGUGUGCAAUCACUUGGUAUUCAUUCUGUGAGGUUCACACAGCAGUGCCAUAAGUUGUGGUCAAGUAGUCAUCUCAUGGAAGUGGAGAACUCAUGGCUGUAGACUUUGAAUCUCUCUAGAAGGUAACUUUUUUCUGCAGCUGUAAUUGGCUAAAUAUUACCCAUGUGUUUGCUGCCAAGCCUCUCCCUGUCAGUGUAUGCUGGGGGCAUCAGGGAAGUGGCACGAGCCUUUACCGUGUCAGUCAGCAUCAAGGGUGACUGGAUGGAACAGAUUCAGGUAUGUUUUUAAGAUCCAAUGUUAGAUCAUUUAGGUAAUAGUUUGUUUUAUUUUAUAUUUAACAUGAUAUGCAAGUUGUUCAAGUUUGCAAAUUUGUAUAUACCAUUCACAUGUCAGAUUUUAUUGUUAAUCUGUGAUAUAAUUAAUCUAACAGUAUCAGGUUUGAACUGAAGUCAUGGUAAAAACACUUCCCAUUUAAUAAAUUAUGAUUUGGGUUUCCAUUAUUUGA